UGAUAACAAUUAUUAUUCUGUUUAAUCUGUCAUCAAUGGCCGCGAGAGGAAUGCUGUUGUGACUGCUAGAGUGCAAAUUAAAAUUCGUUUAUCUCGCGCAAAAACAUUCGUCUAACAUUUUGUUUACCAAGAAGAUAUGUGACUAGAUUCUGGUGAUAGAAAUUAGAAGUGAGUAACCAUUAUGGACGUAGACGAUUCUGCGGUUGACCUGAGCGUCAGGGCAUUGCCACCGGAAUUGAGCGAGUUGAGGGCUCUGACGGCCAGUGGAUUGACUAUUACGCCUGCUCAACCACCACCACAUGGCUCCAGUGGCAAGCGGGUGCUUCGCCCUCGUUCGGAACAGCGUAGUUAUGCGGAGAGCCCUGAUAUUGUGUUGCUGCCGGCUGCGCCGCCGCACCGCAAGCCUUCUAUGCCGAGUCCCGCACCGUUCACUGAUGUAAGCAGCAAGCUGAACUCGGGCAGCGUGAACGUGUCGAUAACGCCGAGCUCGCUGCCGGCGGCCGCGCCCGAGUCCCCGCGCGACCCGCGCGACGACGAGGACUCGGAGGAGGACGAGAACGAACCGCCGCUGCCGGUCGCUGGGCACCGAGAGUUGUCUAGCGCGGAGAUAUGGGAGCGCGAGCGUCGCCUGCGCACGCUGCGGGAGAAGCUACGCGCCGAGGAGACACGACUCGUGCUGCUCAGGAAACUCAGGCAGUCGCAGCAAGCUACCGGCCUGCCGCCCGCUAAGGACCCAGCGACGGGCACGGCCCUGGCGGGCAGUGGGUGCGUGGUCCCGCCCGGCGUCACCGUCACGCCCGCUCCGCCGCCCGCGCACCAACAGACCAAGCGUACAAGCAGUAGUACGGCGGCGGCCAGCAGUAGCAGUACGUCGCGCCGUACGUCCAGUCUGCCCGGCGGCGCCACGCUCACUCCCGGACCUUACCGCUCACAGUCGUCGACAAGCGGCGGAGCGAGCAUAACUCCGUCAGUGACGAUCACGCCGGCACCGCCGCCCAGCAGCCAACAUGCCGCCUCUAAUAAGCAACCUCAGGACAACUCGUCGGUGACCAGUAGCACGAGUGAUGCAGCAAGUUCCCGUAGCUCCGAGGACACCCAGACCCCCGCGCAGCGACAGGCCGCCGCCAAACUUGCACUACGGAAACAGCUCGAGAAGACCUUACUGCAGAUCCCCCCUCCCAAACCCCCGCCACCAGAAAUGAACUUCAUCCCGUCGCCCAGCAACACCGACUUCGUCUACUUGGUCGGCUUGGAACAUGUCGUCGACUAUCUUACUAAUGAAGACCGCAUGCCGCGGUCGUCGGUGCCGGCAGUAUGCGCGCAGUGCGGCUGCGACUUCACGCCCGUGUGGCGCUGGGAGCGCGGGGGCGCAGGGGGCGCGGGGGGCGCGCGCAGACACGACGCCACCUUCACGCCCGCGCCCCCGCCGCCCUCCGCGCGCCGGCUAUGUGAACUCUGCGUCAGCGGGAAUGUUAAGCGGGCGCUUAAGGCGGAGCACACAGCGCGGUUGAAGACAGCGUUCGUCCGCGCGCUGCAGCAGGAGCAGGAGAUCGAGCGGCGCCUGGCCGCGCCCUCCGCGUCCCCGCCGCCGCCCGCGCCCCCGUGCACGCGUUACGCCGCGCCCCCGCACGCGCACUCCGCGCCCGCGCCCCCGCCCGCGCACGCGCACACGCACCGCCCGCUGCAGAUGUCAGUAUCCCGCAGCACGUCCCGCGGCGGGUCGACGUCGUCGCCGGCGCCCAGCAAGACUCCCGCACCACCGCCUGCGCCACGAACUAUGUCAUCAUCGGAGUCGCUUCGUAGCCACCACUCUGACCGCUCCAGAGAACCCAGUGAGGUGCCAGCCAAGAAAGGAAAAGGCUCGUCAUCAAGCAGCACCAGUCAGAAUAGCAGUAGCAGUAAGCAACACCAGCUGGCGGCCGUAGCGGCGGCCCAGAUGGCCUUCGAGCAACACAGCGCUGCCGCCAUGCAGGCGCUGCAGCAUCAACUACUCAGAGGUCUAUCGGGCGCGGGCGGUACGUCGGGCAUGUCCCCGGCGGCGGCGGCGGCGGCCAUGAUGCAGUUCUCUCCGCUGCUGUAUACGUACCAACUAGCGAUGGCGCAAGCCUCCGCGCUAGCCGGUAAGGGCGGCAGUAACUCCGGCGGCGGCGCGGCCAUGGCGGCCGAGAUGCAGCGCGUGGCAGAGGCGCAGCGACAGUAUCUACUCGACAUGAUACCCGGACAACACACUAGGAACCCAUGGACGAAGAAUUAAUAACUCUAUGGAGAUCAACCAUGAAUUUCAAGUGGAAGUAGACGAUUGACGGCGCAGUGAUAUCGUAACAAUAAAUACAACGUAAAUCUUAAACCAACCACCGCCCUGAAGUCAGCCGCAGAGUGAGCGAGACGCGAAUAGCACAAAUUACUAAGAGCGAUAAGGACAGCUAUAGCUAUAUAUAGGUGCCCACCUAACUUCAGAGUGGUGGUAUUUCGUACAUGAUAUUAUGACGUUUUAUGGCAGUGUGAGAGAGAUAGAGCUCUACAAUAGGUAUUGCUGUCUCUUUUACACUUUCGAAAUAUUAAGUUUUAAUUUCUAUGUACGCUACGUACGGUAUUCGGCGAAUGUGAAGUUUAAUAGAUAACUAAAGAUUUAGUUUGGAAGUUAAAUGAAAUUAUUGGGAAUUAUAGUUUUUAUCUUUUUUUGUUUUAAAAUUUUAAACAAAUUGUGUUCAGUUUUUGACCGCUAUGUAUUUACUAAAAUGUACCUUAAAACUUUUUGAAGGUUUGACGAUUAUGGAUUUUAUAUUGCUGUUAAUAAGACGCAAUUUUGCAUGUCAACUACCAUACGUAAAUACGAUUAUAACUGACAUACACUUUAAAAUUAUUCAAUUUAAAAUUGUCACAGCGGUCAAAAUGAUUUAUUUACUAAAACAAAUUGGUUUAAGGAUAAAAAUAGCUAGAUUUCAUACAUUCUUUGAGAAUCACACCGCGAGAAUGCAUUUCUAAGAGAAUCUAGAUUUAAAUAGUAUAUAAUUAGUACAUAAGGAUAAUUUUUCAAUGUCUUACAAAGCGAUGCACAAGUUUUUAAAUACGUAAAUGGCUUAGAUUAGUAUAAAUAAAAUAUCAACGAUAAAAACAGUUUUGUGCUAAUAACUACACUAAGAUCUCAAUAUAUGGCAUUGCUGGCCAACAUUCGAAUUUUAAAAUGUAUUUAUGAUGAUUUUUAAUCUAUAUUCGCUAUUUUUUUAUUCGUAUUCUGUCUAUAACUUUUAUUCAACUCUUAUUUUUCUUAAUGUUAUUUAUUUCAUGUGCAUUUUUAACCUAUUUUUUAGAUGAAUAUGAAAUUGAUUUUGUAUUAAUCUGCAUGCCAUGUGCAUACAUAGUUAACAAUUUAAAAUCAAAUGCUUAUAAGAACAUUUUUGAACUCAUACAAAUAACUUGAUUGAUAAAAGAAUUGACUUAAUUUUGCAUGGACUAACAUUGGUAUUAACACUAAAUGUUUGUCGAAAUUAAUAUGUAAUAUAUUGUGCCUCAUUUACUGAUCAAAGAGGUAAUUUUAACUCAAAUUGAAGCUUAAUCUUGACCGACUCUGACUUGAUUCGGUGAAGACCAAUCUUCCUCUAACAUGUUGAAAUCAUUAGCAUAAAUGUAUGCUAUUGGCAUAUUUUGGUUUUAUGGACCUUUCUACUCCAUGAAGAAUGGUAGAAGAGUAUAAUAUUAUGGAUGGAAAUGAUGACUUUUAAAAUAUUGGACACGUAUUUUGACCAUCUGUCUCACACAAUGGAGUCCAAAUAAUCCCGUACAGUUCGGCAUCCGAGCAAUUUCGGAGGACCCUCUGAUUGUGAAAUAAACUCCCUGCCGAAGUUUUCCCAGUAGGCUACAAUAUGUGGUACUUCAAGAAGGGAGAAAAUAUGUUUCUUUAGGGUCUGCAAAGCGCAUGUAAUAUCAAGUGCUGCAAGCGUUCAUAGACCACGGUAACCGCUUACCAUCAGGUGGGCCGUGUGCUUUCUUGCCACCGUCGUGGUAUAAAUUAAAAAGAGAAAAGCAAUCAAGUUAAAUUUAAAAUCGAAAUUAUAACAGACCAUCGCAUCUUGGUAUAUUUUAUAUUGAGCUAUGUUGCAUAACAAACUCGUCAACUCCCGAACAUUAAUUGACUUUUCUAGUUAGAAAGAAAAAAAUAUGUGUCUAAUAUUUUCAUACCCCGUCACCAUUUCUACCCUAAUAUAAAGUUUUAACCUUGAUAUUGACAUCAAUAUACCACAAUAUUGUUGAGAAAAUAUUCAUUUAUAUGUAUCGUUUAUUUAUUUAUGUUAAAUGUUGCAUGUCUAUGUGUUUGCCCAGCAAUGUACACAAAUAGCACUCUGAGGGAAAACGGUUAUGUGUGAAACUUUAGUUGUAAGUGAUCCAAUCAUUUUAUAUGAUGUGUUUUUAACUAGGCUACGAAUAAAUGGAUAUUGCUAAGGAAUAA